AUUUGUUUGUACUAUUCAUCGAAGUGCUUUGGUAUGUACGGAUUAAUGCAUUGCUUUUGUAGGCUAGUAUAUGUGGACUCAUCUAUUUACUGAAACUAGCUUGAGAGACUUUUUGUUUGAGUUCGACUAAUUAGAGACACUUUGGGGAGAAACUUUUAAAACAACUAUACAAUGUGUAUUUGAAAUGUUUCUUGUAUGUCCUUUAUUUUUGUAGUUUUUGUUGUUGUUGAGGAGUAAAUAAAUGUUAAAAACACAUCUGUAUGAGUACAUCAGCCGUCCUAGUUACAUUCCUGAUGAGAAGACUCUGUGUAAUUAUUGUGACUUCAGUGAAGGAUACGCCCCAUUUUCUGUAUCUGAUUCUGAUUAUUGGACUGAAUUUCUUUACUUUCAGGACUUCCAGAAAGAAAAUGAAGAAAUUAUUGGCUUUACUCUCCUUCUGUCACGUUGCAUCUCCAGUGAAACACUCCUUGCUGUAUUUCCUCACGGCAACUUCUGGAGUCCCAGACUUCCCACAGUUUAUGGGUUCUGCACUGGUUGAUGAUUUUCAGGUGGGUUACUAUGACAGCAACAUCAAAAUGGCUGAAACCAAACAGGACUGGAGAAAGUUCAUGAAAGACAACCCAGAACACCUGGAGUUUUACAUUAAUGAGUGCUAUAACAACCAGCACUUCUUCAAAGCCACCAUUGACGGUUUAAUGAAACGCUUCAACCAAAGCGGAGGUGUCCACAUCCUACAGAGAAUGAGUGGCUGUGAAUGGGAUGAUGAAACUGGAGAAAUCAGGGGUUUUAAUCAAUAUGGAUACGAUGGUGAAGACUUCAUAGCGCUGGACCUGCAGAUGCUGACAUGGAUCACUCCAAAACCACAGGCGUUCAUCACCAAACUGAGAUGGGACACAGACAAAGCUAGACUACAUAGGAAUCAAUACUACUUCAUCCACCUGUACCCUGACUGGCUGAAGAAGUAUGUGCAGUACGCCAGGAGUUUUCUGCAGAGAACAGAUCUUCCUUCAGUGUCUCUCCUCCAGAAGACUCCCUCCUCUCAGGUCACCUGCCACGCUACAGGUUUCUACCCCGACAGAGCCGACUUUUUCUGGAGGAAAGAUGGAGAGGAGCUUCAUGAGGACGUGGACAAAGGAGAGAUCCUCCCCAACCAUGAUGGAACCUUCCAGAUGAGUGUUGACCUGAACAUCUCAUCAAUCGCUGCUGAAGACUGGAAGAAGUACGACUGUGUGUUUCAGCUGUCUGGUGUCAAAGACGUCAUCAUCACCAAACUGGACAAAUCAGUGAUCAGGACUAACUGGGUUUCUCCAUCAGGGUUUCCUGCUGGUGCUGUCAUUGGAGUAGUUGUAGGUCUGCUGCUGCUGUUGCUCUGCAUCACUGGACUCUUCAUCUGGAGGAAGAAGACUAACGGGUUCAGACCUGCUAACACCUCAGAAUCUGUAGACAGUAACUCAGAUUCCAGCCAAUCACAACUCUCAGGGAAGACUGGAGGAGGAGAGUAAACUUCAGUGAAGUUGGGAUUCUGUCAAAACCGUUUCUUAUCCAUCAUGGAAAACUAUCAGAGGUGUCUGAUUGGUUCUAAGUUCUCCAGCAGAACAAGAAAUAAAGAACAAUCUUCAAUAAACAAGUGUCUUGAGCAAGAACCAGCAAGAAGAACAAGGAACCUGCAUCAUAUGAUGGAGCCUCUACAGAGUCACAAUUACCAGAGACUGAAACAUGAGGACAGAAAUAAGAACAGAGCUGCAACUUUCUCCAUUUCUGCAACUAAUAAAUCUAUAUUAUUGAUAAGCUGCUGAUUAUUAGUGAGUUAAAACAGUUAAUUCACAAACAACUUUUCUUGCUCCAACAUCUGAUCUCAACAACUCAUUCUAAAUGUUAAUAACUCAUAGUUUUACUCACAAUGUAACUGUGGAACAGAAACAACAUAUAGCUGUCACUUUAUGGUCACACAACAUAGAGAAACACUAUAUUCACAGGUACAAGAAAAUAUACAACUCUAAAAUCAAUUUUUGGUUAAAAAAUUUUGUUUAUUUAUAAAAUUUAUUUGAUGAAGAUCAUAACACAGAAGUGUCCAAACUCUUUUUGAAACUUCUCAGCACUAUCGCCUCACAGAUAAAUGAUCCUUGGUUCACAUCCCGGCCUGGGAUCUUCCUGUGUGCAGUUUGCAUGUUCUCUCUGCAUGGGUUUCCUCCAGGUUCUCCAGCUUCCUCCCACAGCCCAAAACCAUGCUGAGGUUAAUUCAUAAUUCUAAAUUGCCCAUAGGUGUGAAUGCAAAUGUGAUUGUUUGUGCCUGUGUAGCCCUGCAAUAGACUGGUGACCUGUCCAGGUGUUCCCUGCUUUCACCCCAAGUAGCUGGGAUAGACUCCAGCCUCCAUCCAUGGAUGGAUGGAUGGAUGGAUGGAUGGAUGGAUGGAUGGAUGGAUGGAUGGAUGGAUGGAUGGAUGGAUGAGGUAGAGGCUCAUCUAUGUUUAAAAUAAUAGUUUCCUUGUGUUCUCUGGUUUGGUUAACUCCUUUUGUAUGACUUUUGUCUAUUGUUUUUCAAAAUGUUUACCUGCAUAUUAAGUGUUUGGAUGUUGUUUGUUCCUGUUUCUUUUUUUUCUUUUUUUUAAUUUAUACAUUUUUUUGCCUUUUGUCUGCUUCCUUGGUUGGAUUUGUUUCUAUGAAGACAGAUCACCUGUUCAUUACCUUUGGCUCACCUAAUAAAGAUUUUUAUUUUCAA